CAACCUUCCUUUCCUGGUACACAUAGCACCAGAGAUAUCUGUCCUCAUCGGUGAGAGGCCGACUUGGUCAGUUUGUCUCACUCGGGAUGCAAGGCUACUACACUACGUAGAGUGUUUGCAGUGUCACAACAGAACGGUGAGAAAAGGACGGAACCAAGCGAUUGAGGGGUGAUUAUGUCACUCAUAAAAGCUGUUGUAUCCGCAAGUCCUCGAUAUCGUGAACCUUUAGAAACAUCAUUUCAGGGACAACAGCUGUGAUAACAAUGUGGUCCGCAUCAUGGCUUCUAUUAGGUGCUAUCACCAGUGUUGCUUCGCAGGACACGGGAAACCACCCGGACUGGCCAAGAUGGUGUGGUAAAGCGUAUAAGCCAGACUAUCCUUCUUUUGAUCCCGGUGGUCAAACACUUCCUCCGACACCAGACCCUCUAGCACCUCUCCUACACGUCCAGUUCAAGCCCCGAUACAGCCUCUACUUGGAAAACGAGAAGACGGGCGAGUUCAUUGUCAAUGCCGACAUCUCCCAGUUCCAUGGAACCCACCGGGACAACAACACCUCAAACAAUGUGGAAUUCCAUAUUAAAACAACCACAGACGACAAAGUUCUAGUCCAAGACUCCAUCCCCGUCAACUCAACAGGCAAGCUCUUCACCUUCAACCUCACCGACCUCACCCCAAGUCUUUCGCCCAUCCAAGUUACACUCACCUAUUCAACAAAAGGCCCAUCAGUCAAAACUACCCUCCUCUACCUCCCUUCAAAGUCCUCCGGCAGCGUCACCAGAAUCGACAACCUCAACGGCGGCCUUCACCACCUCAAUGCCGCCUCCAACCACACCUUCAAACCCAUCCUCCCCUACGGCUUCUACGCCUCCUACGACAACUUCCUCGCCCUUCCCAACUCUUCCUCCGUCAUCCAAUCCUACGCCGACCUCGGUCUAACAGGCAUGGUUCCCCUCUCUCACUACCCCGAAUCCGCCUCCGCGUUUGCCUACAUGGACAGCAUCAACCUUCCCUACAUGUUCGACCUGCGCGAGAACUACACCAACCAGACCUGGGUCAAGGAGCAAGUCACUGCCGCCUCCUCCUCGACGACGACACAUAACAGCGGGGGGGAAGCUCUCUUUGCCUACUGGUCCGUCGACGAGCCAGACGGGUGGCAAGCGCCCUUUUCCGCUCCCAUCGAGACUUAUGCCACCAUUUCGUCCGUCGACCCUUACCACCCCGUUGCCUUGGUGCUCAACUGCCAGAACUACUACUUCUCUCAAUACUCUUCAGGAGCAGACAUUCUCAUGGCGGACAUUUACCCGAUUGGCAUCAGAGAGUCGUCUGCUAACCUCACCCAGUCCAAGUGGGGAACACCAUGUAACUCGACAUAUGGCGAUUGCGGAUGCGAUAAUUGCGCGGGGUCCGUGAUGGAUGUACCUAAAAGGGUUGAGGAUAUGAAUAAGUAUGAGAAAUGGUUGGGGGCGUGGCCCAAGAGCAAAAUGUUUAAUCCCCAGGCUUUUCAUGGGGAGGGGUACUGGGCGAGAGACCCUAGUCCGGAGGAGAGUUGGGUGAUGGUGUUGUUGGCGAUUAAUAGAGGCGUGAAGGGGGUUUUGAGUUGGGUGUGGCCGGCGAGUGAAGAGCUAGGGAAGGCGCAUGGGAGGUUGGCGAGGGUGGUUAGUGGAGAGGAAGAUGGGGUGGUGGGGUUGUUGGUUGAGGGGAGGGGGCCGGAGAAGUUGAGUACGGAGGGGAAGGGAGUUGAUGCGGCGGGAUGGGUGGACAAGGAGGACAAGAAGAUGUUGGUUAGCGUUGUUAAUACUGGGGAAGAAGAUAUUGAGGGGUUGGUGGAGUUGGACGUGCCGAGCGGGAGUAAAGUUGAAAAGGUGGUUUGGGAUGAAAGUGGUGGCAUUGGCGAUGGGAAGUGGGAGGUUAAGGAGGGGAAGUUGACGAAGAAUGGGUUGAAGGGAAUGGGAACUGCGUUGGUGAUUCUGGAAUUGAGUGACUGAUGCUCAGUCUGUAGCUGAGUUUUUGAUGGGGACGACGAGAGAUCAUGAAACCGUGAAGCUUGACACAAUAUCCAUGCGUAGCGCUAAAUCAAGUUCGAGAGACGAACUUUUAAGAAGGUGUACGGCCAAAUCAGCUU